GGCGGGGGAGGUCACGUCAAGUGGGGAGGGGAUUCUGGGAUUUGGGGACAGGCUGGAUCUGGUCCUCACUCUGCCUUUGUGUCCCCACCCCUCCGCAGCCCCACCUGCCAGGAGCCUGCUUCGUUCCCAGGAGGAGAGGAUGGCUGCAGGGCACCUGCUCCCCUGGCCCCAGGAGGUCGUGACCUUGGAGGACGUGGCCGUGCACUUCUCCUGGGAGGAGUGGGAGCUGCUAGACCCAGCUCAGAGGAGGCUCUACAGGGACGUAAUGCGGGAGACCUGCAGGAACCUGGCCUCCGUGGGUUCUUGCUCUCAAGUUAACACCAGUGGAUCAAGUUCUUGGUGGGCUAUUUUAGAGGGUGAAAUAUCCAGUGAACAAAACCUAGUAGGAUUCCCAGGAAAUGAUUCCUGGUCUGUUUUUGGAGAAAAUUGGAUGUUUCAUAACAACAGGGAUCGCCAAGCCCAGGAGAGGCGUUUGAGAAGUCAUUGGGUGGAGAGUCUCUUUGGAGGUAACGAGGGUCAUCAGUGUGGAGAAACCCUGAACCAGAAUCCAGGCCUUCCUGAGGACAAGGGUGAUCUGACUGCACCUCAGCUCCAUAAGUGCAGUAAGUGUGGAAGAGCCUUCAGGGGUCAUUCUUUCUUGGAGAAUCAGCUGAGAUCUCACAGUGGACACAAAUCUCAUCGGUGUGAGGAGUGCGGGCAAGCCUGCAGCUGUGUCUCCUGCCUGCGCAGUCCUGGGGGAACAGACGUAGUUCUGUCCCCUGUAAAUGUCAGGGAUGCUGGGAGAGUGUUUAAGAGAGAUGUGAAGAGUCACGGGAGUGAGCAGUCCUUCGACUGUAAAAAAUCUGGAAAAGCUGUCACUUGUCCCUCUUCCUUUCGAGGCCAUCUGAGAGGUCACUCUGGACAGAAAGUCCACGUGUGUGAAGUAUGUGGGAAAUCCUUUACGUAUUAUUCCUACCUUGCGCGGCACGUGAGAACUCACACGGGAGAAAAGCCCUACGAGUGUAAGGAGUGUGGGGAAGCCUUCCGGUACCCCAGACCCCUGGGAAGACACGCGACAGGACACGCCGGAGAGAAGCCGCACGUGUGUAAGGAGUGUGGGAAGGCCUUCAGUUGUCCCAGAUACUUCAGAAGGCACAUGAAGACACACAGUGGGUUGAAGCCCCACAAAUGUACGGAGUGCGGGAAGGCCUACAGUUGCUCCUCGUCCCUUCGAGAGCACGUACGAACGCACAGUGAAGAGAAGCCCUAUGAAUGUCAGCACUGUGGGAAGGCCUUCAGGCAUGAGCGGUAUUUUAAAAAGCACGUGAGAAUGCACAGCGGAGUGAAACCCUACGCGUGUGUGGAAUGUGGGAAAGCCUACAGUUGUUCCACGUCCCUUCGAGAGCAUGAGAGGACGCACACCGGGGAAAGACCCUUCGAAUGUCAGCACUGUGGGAAAGCCUUCACGCGCCAUGCCUCCCUCCGAGGACACGUGAGGACACACAGUGGGGAGAGAGCCUACAGAUGCACACAGUGUGGAAAAGCUUUCUGUUGGCCCUCGUCAUUACGGAAGCACGUGAGGACGCACAGCGAGGAGAAGCCCUACGAGUGUCCACAGUGUGGGAAAGCCUUCUGGUAUCCCGUAAACCUGCGAGGACACAUGAGGACACACGCUGGGGAGAAACUCUGAAUACGAGGACUGGGGGGAGGCUUCCUUCCCCCUUAAAACCUUGUAAAUGUGAGCGAUCACAGGAGAGAAAUAUGAAUCAAAAGAAGGUGGGGGAACCUUAAGCACAUCACUUACUUUAUAUGUGAAAACUCAGGGCAGGAAAAAACUUUUCAUGGAUAUGAAUACAGGUUUUCCUCCGUAAGUGCCUCAUCUGGAUAAGGAUCCAGUGUGUUGACUUCUAGUUCGUGUCCUGAUCUGAACACUUAAGAUCGUCACUGUCCCUCUGUGUCCCCUUCACCGGGGCUACUCGCAUUUUGUUAUCUUGGACUUUACAUAAUUACACAGUCAUAUAAAAACUUGUCUUGUUUC